AUUUUGCCUGUUGUCGAUCAUUCGCACAAUUCACUUGGAUCGAUUUUUGUUAGCAGGAUUUUUGUUUUUGUUUUGUUUUGUUUUUUUCGUCUGGUUGAUUUUAAGGAAAUGGCCACAAACAACAACCAACGGUUACUAUGGACAAUUGUAAUCGGCUGCAUGGUGGCCGUUGAAGCCGUUCGGAUAUCGGCCAACGAACAACCUGAGUCAAAAUAUCAGGAAAUUAUACAACUUUUUAAUCGAAAUUCCAACGACGAUCAUCAUCCAUUGAAAGCUGAAGCACAAACUUAUUCAGCAACGGUAACCGAUCCAAGUGGUGGAUAUUCGCGAGACGCUCCUGCUCGAUCUCGUUAUUCGCCAUCAUCAUCGAACACUGCCGCCAAUCGCGAGGAAGAGGAAGCGAAGAAAUUGGCCGAAGAAGAAGAAGAACGUAAACCAGAUCGUUUAGCGUUGUUAUUGUCCGAAUCGAAAUUCAGUUGUAAUGGUGUCAAAAAUGGUUACUAUGCAGAUGAAACGGUUGGAUGUCAAGUGUUUCAUUAUUGCGUGGAAGGUGUUAAACACAGUUGGCAAUGUCCCGAAAAUACAGUUUUCCACCAGAUUCACUUGAAUUGUGUACCAAACACUCAGGAUAUUUGCCAGCAAUCAUCCAAAUAUCAUAUUGUCAAUGAAUACCUUCACAAGGAACUGGAUGAGCGUGGGCCAAACAACACAAUCCUUUAUCAUCAACGAUUCUAUCCGGAUGGUUUUGACUAUUCGGGUGGUGACCCAGUUGCACAGAUUUUCCAAGCACAAGCCCAAGCUGCCUUGCAAAAAGCUCAUCAACGACAAUCACAACCAACUGCCGACCAAGAUGAUGAUGACGACGAUGAACAGCCUGUGCGACCAUCGCGAACUCGAUCUCGACCACCACAAUCGUAUCUGGAUCGAUCAUCAUCACCACCGAAUCGAGCAUCGGCAGCAAAACCAUCGUCCUUAUAUCGACAACCGGCAAGUCGUACAUCACUUUUGAGCAAUUAUUCACCCGCUCAACAAACGUCUAAACCGACAUUGCGACCAUCAUCGCCUGAAACGUUUGCUCCACCAACAUAUACCGAACAACCGCAAGAUGAUUUCGGUAACACUGACUUUUCCGAUCACCAUCAUCACCAUCCUUCAUCGUCGUCAGGAUUCGAUGUACCUUCGUCCAAUUCGUUUGCAAGUUCCAACUUUCAGUCACCGUCGUCGCCGUCAUCGCAAAGUUUUCAACCAUCAGGAUCACCAUCGGCUGGCUAUACAUCAUCCACCGGAUCUUCGUCGUCAUCAUCAUUCUCACCAUCCAAUACGGCAGCCAGUCAAGGCAGCGGAUAUCAUCGGUCAACAUCAUCAUCAUCGCGAGGCAGUUCAUCAUCCGGUUAUCCAACACGAUCAUUAGGCAUACCCAUAGCCAGUUUUCGUGUUGCACCAGCAUCCAGUUUUACAGGCAGUUCCGGUAUAAUGGGUUCGAACGAUGCCCAAGCAAGUUCAAUUCAACAAGUUCGAAUGGUUCCACCGACCAUGAUGAGCUUCACUACACUCAACAAUGGGCCCAACUUGCUGGACGAGAAUGGAUCCCUUUUGUACUACUAAUUGGUUGUGUGUUGUACAUAAGCCAACUUGCUUCAAUCUGUCUCUUGUGUAACAACCAAUUUGCUGCUCUUAUCUCCUUAUUCACAUGAUGCUCUCUCUUUUAAUUUUGAUAAAUUUGAAAAAGUUUAACUUGAA